AUGGGCUUUCUGUCAAGGGAACCAGUGUCCCACUAACUACCGGGUUAGCCUACAAAAAUGCAUCAUCCUCAGCCUGUGAGUUUGUGUCGGUGCAGUCAUACUAGUUUUCAGUACUUAAACCUGCUGGUAUUAAAAUAGAUCAAAUGUGAUUUUGAACACUGACAUCUGAGUUAGGCAAUGAUCAAGUUAAUUAGGAUGUUUUGUAUUCUUAUUAGUUAAUCAGAUGCAUCACUGCAAACAUUUUCUGUUAAUGUACGCCUUCCUCUUUUUUAACAGAACACACUAGAGACAAAAGUCAACUGGUGUUUCAGAUGGAAACGACCAAUCUUGAAAAGCAUACGAUGCAGUUCAGUCUGGAUGUGUGUAACUAUUGGAGGCAUUGGUUUAGUUUCUGGCCGUUUGAUAUGUGUUCAAGCAUUAUUAAGUGCACGGUUCAAUGGAUCUGGGGCAGGAAGUACAACUUUCUGCACAAUAUGAAAGAUCAAGGAGUGCCCUUCAUUCUUCGAGACAAUAAGACAAGAGAGUAUGAAGAUGCCGGUAUGUUGCUCAACUCACCUUACAUGUCAGUGCUGAGACAGGAGAGAGACAUUGACCUCAUCAUUUCCCUGGAUUUCAGUGAGGGAGAUCCUUUUGAGACAGUGAAGAAAGCUGCUAAAAUCUGCAAGAAACAAAACAUCCCUUUCCCUGAAGUUGAUAAACCGUCUGUGGAGGACCCUAAGGACUUUUAUGUGUUUAAAGGCCAUGGAAAAGUACCGACCGUGAUCCACAUCCCUCUCUUCAACACGGUCAACUGUGGAGAUAAAAUUAAGGAGUGGAGAGAGAGAUAUGCCACAUUUCAACGUCCCUACAGUCCAGAUAUGAUUGAUCCUCUUCUGGAAGUCGCUGGCAAAAACAUCACAAACAACAAAGAGAAACUGCUGAAGGAGAUUAAAAAGAUCAUUACACAAACUGCAUGCAAGCAUUAA